AUGGAUAUUCGGGACGAUCAAAACCAUGUGUUCAACGUAACAUUGGCAAAACUCAUAGGCUUAUAUCAAACUUUGGAUCCAUCAACGACAAAAUAUCGUGGGAAAAACGUCUACCGCAUUGUCAUGGCAUUCAUUACGCUCUAUAUUGGCGUAACUGGGGUGAUAUUGACCUUAAGCGGUGCAUACUAUUGGAAAAAUAAUAUGCCUUUAAGUGUAGAUUGUUACUGGAAAGGUAUCGUUUCGUAUGCCAUGUGCUACUCGAUGUGCCUCGUCGUCCACUACUCUAAUGACAUAUGGAACUGUUUGUCGAUCACGUGCUACGGUUUAACAUCGAAUAGCCUCCGAGACAGACACAUACUGGAUGGUUGGAGAGAACGAUCUGUGUUGAUAACGACUAUAUUGGCAUUCGUGUAUUUUAUGUCAGCGUUAAUUUUCUUUGUUAGUGCUCUGGCAUUGUCAAACGAUAAAUUACCGGUCAAAAAUCACGAAGGAUUGGUCAGAAAUUACCGUUAUAACUUAUUCAAUUUGUAUUUAUUUGUAUCCGAAGACACGUACAAUGCACACUACUAUAUGUUUUACAUUGUCGAGGGUUGGGGCGUAGUCUCAUUGUUAACAUCAUUCUUCGUAUUUGAUGUCGUUCUGGUGACACUUUGCUUAGCUAUAACCUGUCAGUUGCAAAUGAUUUGCACCGCGUUCGAAUCAGUUGGGCAUAAAUCGCUUGCCGAUCAUCCUUCCUCAAAUGAUUGCAGAGAUGAAAAAAAAGAGUUAACUAACAAACAUGACUUAAUACAUGAUGAAUUAAAAACAAUCAUAAUGGAUCAUCAAGCAGUUAUGAAGAAAUAUGAUGUAUUUUUAACAUUAUUUAAAAGAGUUUUGUUGAUACAAAUGGUUGUAUUUACAAUAGCGUUCAUCAUAACUUGGUUUUGUUUCAUAAUGAGUUUCUCCAACGAAGAAAGAUUUAAAAGUUCGAGGACAUUUAUUGUAAAAAUCUUUUGUGGAAUUCCUCCAAAUGUGUUUAAAUUAUUCGCCACGUGUUAUUUAUUUGAAAAGUUACACAAUCAAAAAGAUUCAAUAGUAUUCGCAUUGUAUAGUAGUAAUUGGACUGAAAUGGAUAUGAAGUGUAAGAAAUUGAUAUUGUUAACAAUGAAAAUGAAUAACGCUAACCACAAAAAGUUAAAAUUUACUAGAACAAAAAUUGUAAGCUUGGAAAUGUUUUUUAAGACCAUGCGUGAUUCUUACUCAGUUUUAUCAGUUUUAAUCAACUAUAUAAAAAACAUGGAUGAAUAA